AUGACAACAACAACGAGCAGCCCCCAGCCGCCAAGAGGCAGCGAUUGUCAGAUGUUGCAAGUAAAGAUGAAAGUACUUUCGAAUGAGAUUUCGACUACUAUGGACAGCAGUGAGGGUGAGGUCGGCGGGUCCUCGGGUGGUGGCGUCUCCGAUCUUUGUGAGCUACUGCAUAACAUACUGGUGUGCGUUGUUUGCCGCGAGGUUCCACAACCACACGACUUCUUUCAGUGCAGCCAUGGGCAUAUCAUGUGUGAGGACUGCAAGACCGCCGUUCUGGCUUUUGCCAUCUUCAAUAAAACGAGUGCCUGCUGCCCCAGUUGUCGAUCGCUCAUUAGAAACUACGAUCAGGAGCAGAAUCUAGUGGUGCGCCAGACCCUCUGGGAGCUACCCAUCAGCUGCCCCAGCUGCAAUGACCAGUUCUCAGACAGGAAAGAUCUCUCCAGACACUUGGAGUUCGUUUGUGAGGGGCGUGUGGUUUGCUGCAAGUACCACUGCCUGGGCUGUUCUUGGAAGGGCCCCUACAAGGACAGCGUCUCACAUGAUUCCGACUGUGGGUUUCCCCAGAAGCAGGGAAAGGAGAUCCUAGAUAUUCUGCUGCAUGUCGAGGACAGGGAGCUUGAGGCCCAAAGCCCGUGUUGCAGCUCCAUCGGGUGCUGA